UCGUUGUGUUUAUGUAUUUCAGAACUCCGACAGUUCUCCUCAGCAUUUGAACGCAGCGCAUGGUAACAACCUGCGUAAUUUCCGCAAGAUUCCAUAUUUAUUUUUUUUAAACGUUAUUGAAAUGUUUAGGGAAAAGUCGGCUUGGUUUUCCAAGAGUGUGUCUCCUAACAGCCGUACCUUUUGGAUUGUACAGGGUGGAACUGUUACUGGUUGGAAGACAGCAGAUUAUAUUUUUAGUGAAGAUGCCACAUGUCAGGAUACUUUGAGGAUAUUUCUGAGUAAAGACUAUCUCUUGAACAAGGUGACUGUUUUUCACAGCGAGUUUCUUUCCGCUUGUGAGAGACGGCAGAGUGUGAGGUCUGUGUCCAUUGGUCAUUAUGUGCUCCCUCCAGUGUCAGUACAGGAUGAAAUUAGACAGGUGGUUGGCAGGUUGAUUUGGGAAUUUGAACAUGAGCUGCCAACAUCUGAGUUGAGUUCACAGGAUGGACACCCUGAAGGAGGAGUUCACAGGGGGAGAGAGGAGUCUGACACAGAUUCAUCGGAUGUUGAUCAAUGUCCUUUGCUGAAAUAUCCGGACAGAAACCAGCGUUCAGGUUAUAUUGCAAUGGAUGCCCUACCAAAAUAUUUAGGUGAUCUUUGCGAUUUCUAUCCAAAAUGUUCACACUGUUCCAACUGUGGAGCCUGCACAUCAACAAUCACAAAUAUGAAGGACAGUUAAGAGGGAGCAAUUACCGUUUGGUAUUUUUGUGUUUGAAUUUGAAAUUGGGGUACAUUUGUCAGUUUGUUUUUGUUGUGUUCAUGCUACCUCACUACCCUUGUGAUUUUUUCUGAAUAAAUUAUAUGAAUAAAUUACAUUAAAUGGCAAGUUCUGAUAUUUUAUCUCAAUUAUUCUUAUUUAUUAGGAUGGAUACAAUGUCUUAAUGUCUAAUGUUGUCAAAUGACACAAAACCACCAUUCUGUUGGAGCAGCUUGGUAUACAGCCAAAACCAUAUUGAAUAAACACAGUUAAAAUCUACAUCAUUAAGUUCUGUUGGUGAUUUUAAAUCAAGUUUUCAAAAUUGUUUUCACU